GUCGACGGUCGCUCGACUCCUCCUCCCUCAACACCUCCGCAGACGCGUCGGCUGCCUGUUUGUCUAUAUCGUGCUGUGGAAGACUCUCAACGCACCUUGUGUACAAGCUGAAGACCUCUCUGAUCUGCUCCACUCAUCGGCCUGUGCUCGCUAGGGCUCUUCUCUUUCCGCCACAAUGAUGCACAUCCAGGGUGCGGCCGAGGGGCGCCGGCCGCAUUCACGCAACAAGAAAUGGGUUGCGGGUCAAGGAGAUACCAGCAAUGUACACGGCGGCGAUGAACGGCGGGCGCGCGGCGGGCAUCAUCGACGCGGUGGCAGGGGCCGUGGGCAGGCACACUACAGCACGCACCUCACCGUACCCAACGAAUUUCACGAAGAAGGCGCCAGCGGGACAGAGGACGAUCACAUCAGCGGGGCGGAGAGCACGCACGAAGAAGAGCCCGAAGACCUUGAAGAGGACGAGCCUGUGCUGGAGACGCAGGAGGAACGCGAGAAGUUCUACCAGGAGCUCGUCAAACAACGCGAGGUAGAACGCAAGCGGGCGAUUGCGGAGGGCAAGAUGGAUGACCCUCUCGUACCGAAACGCCUGGACGAGGCAAUCACAAUGGUCGGGACCUGCAUGGGCAUGUGUCCGCGAUUCGAACGCUACCGGCGUGAGAGGGAGAACAACCUGGACAAGUGGGAAGUUAUUCCCGGAACGAAACGCGUCGACCACAGACGCGCGGUCAAAAUAUACGAGCGCGCUGCCGGUGACAAGACGCUCCCGUCGGAUCUACGACCACCUCCCGUGUUGAAGAAAACGCUGAACUAUCUGUUCCAUGACCUUCUUAUGCGAGAGGGGUUCUCUCAAACUUACGACUUCAUCCGCGAUCGGUCUCGUGCCGUACGAAAUGACUUUACGAUGCAGCAUGAAACCGGUCCGCUGGCGAUCGAAUGUCACGACCGCUGCGCGCGCUUCCAUAUCCUAGCGCUACACUUGGAGCGUGAAAGCCCGAGAUUCUCAGUCGCCCUCGAAGAGCAGCAGUUGAUGAACACCCUUCAAAGUCUGAAAGAGUUCUACGAGGACCAGCGUGGCCGCUACCAAGCACCGACAGAACUCGAGAUGCGUGUGUACCACCGUCUCAUCCACAUUCGGGACCAGCGGGAAAGGCACGAGGAGAUCCCCGACGACAUCCGGAAUCACGCCGUGUUUCGCCUUACGACUCAGUUCCGACAACGCGUACAGGCGAAGAGCGCACCCAUCUCCAAGGUGUCGAAGCUGGUCGUCGACGCGGAGGCCAUGCAGAUAUUCUCGGAGCUGGCGGGCGUCCUCCGCAACGAGAACAACAUCGUGAUGAUCUAUCUGGUCGCUUGCAUCCUGGAGCGUCACUUCGGGAAGGAGGCCAUCGAGGGCAUCGAGAGCAUCCGCGGCAGCCUUGGUAUCCCGGACAUCAUCGACGGCAUCUCUGAGCCUGUGGAGGACGCGCAGACAUCCCCUGACGGCGAUGCGUUCAUCACUGCCAGCCCUGCCUCCAUGACGGACCAUUUGGAGGUCACUGAAGAGCCUGCGCCUGCCUCCCAGCCAGUUGCCCGAAGUGCAACAGAGUGGUUGACGAACAACUUUGGCGCCCCACCCUCCGCCUCCGCUCCUCCUCCGCCUCCAACGCAACCCGUGUUUGGCUCGGCAACCAAUGGUACUUCUUUCUCCGCGCCUGCGGGAUGUUCCGUCUUUGGAGGCCUAGGUCAGAUGGCCGGUACCAACGUCUUCGGCGCAGCACCAUCUUCGUCAUCCUCUGCCCCUCCGAAGUCGGCGUUCGGGAACCUGGCUACCAAGAAAUCGGCAUUUGGUGGGGCAACCUUCGGCGCAUCGACGAGUGCCCCGCCGACUUCGGCUUUCGGAAGCACGCCGAAAUCCGCGUUCGGUUCGUCAAGCUCGAGUGCCCAUCCAUUCACACCAGCGCCUACCACAACUACUAGUGGGAUCUUCUCCAAGCCUCUGACUACUGCCCCUUUGAGCUCGCAGCCCACUUGGCCAGCAGAGUCGCCAGGAUUUGCGACCACAACCCAGGCGCCUCCGUUUUCGGCUCCCAUCCCUAGUACAUCAACAUCCGCACCUGCAAAUUCUAGCCCUCCGCGUGGUCCGUCUCUCAACCCCUUCGCCCCGAGCUUUGUUCCUCCCCAAACAAAGUCAUCCUCUCCAUCCAUCCCUUCCCAACCCUCGACACAACCCUCGCCGGCGACGCAGCCCGCAAAUCAGCCGCCAAUAUUUUCCGACCCAUUCGCGGCGCCAUCUGCGGGAUCAUCUUCCUCGCCGCCCAAGCCAGCCGCUUCUUUCACGCAACCAAACCUGUUCUUCGAUACUCCUGAAGCAUUUGUCGCACCAUCUGCACCGUCGACAGCACCUGAAGAAAAUGUGUCACGGGAAGACAUGCCUCCUCCCCCUACCCCGUCGCGGAUUGUCGAACGGCGGCAGACGCUAUGGGACCUCCCCGGGUCGUCGUCACCAAUCGCCCGCCUUAAGACGGACCGAAUGACUUACACACCUUCUCCUGGAACGCCCACCGGGCCUUCUUCCCCAAUCUCUCCCACCGCCCCUCCACCCGCUCUGGGUAGGCCAACUCACAUCACCCUUCCCCCCACCCCGACCGCACGAUGGUUCGAGUCAUCCGAAGGCUCCACCCUGUCGCGCAAGCAGUCUAUGAUCCAUUUCCCGUCCCUGUCGAUGCCGACGCCGAGUGCCUCGGACGUGUUGAGUCCCAUACACAUCACGACGCCUACCGGAAAGACGACUUCUGCGACCGGCGAUGCGCUGCUCUUUCAGCCCGGUACGCCUGCGCUCCAUCGGCAGUCCACAAUGGAGUCAUUCGCGGCAACAUCACCCGUCAACAAGACGCCAGACUCUGCGUCCAAGGCACCAAAGCCCGUCCUCGAGAUCCGGACGAACGGCAUUUCCCCUUCGUCCCCGUCACCCACGAAGGGCAAGGGUAAGGCGAAGGAGAGCGUCGCGGACCUCGAGCCGUUAGCGGUCAACUUCCUUCGCAAAAGCCAUCUCGUCCGGGACUGUUGGGCGCGCUGGAGAAAGUGCAGAGAGAACAGCAGGGCGUGGGAGGAGGCAUGCAAGCGCAGCGAGUCGUACCAGGCGGAGGUCCAGCGCACGCGGCUAUCGACAAGCCACAACGGGCGAGUGAAUCCGGACAAGGCGCAAGCGAAGAAGCGGCGAGUCUCAGCUGUCACGCCUGUCGACACUGCGCAAGUACGGCGGGUGAAACGGCGCAAGUCUGCACAGUUCGCGGAGCCGUUGACAGACGAGGCCCUUGCGCGGCGGCUGCAGGAGAACCGCGACGAGAACGAGAAGCGCUGGGCACAAGGCUCCUUCCGGCGAACCGUGGUCGACUGCCUCAAGGCGCGACUGCCGCCCGAUACCCGGCUCCAGGAGUGGUGCAUCUGGCUGUCGACGAACAACGUCAACGACAAGACUGCGAUCUGGCUGGAGCACAAGUUCGAUGUGCCUGCGUCCGGCCGCUGGGUGUCGGAGAACGUCUUCUGCAUCCAUGCGUUUGACGCGCCCGAGCAGCAGGGCUCCCCUGGGCUGAUCAUCUUCGAGCGCUCGCCGCUGGAGGGGGUUGAGGACGAGAUCGAGAGGAAAUACCGCGUGCUUGACGACUGUGCGCGUCUUCGAGACAUUCUGGAGACUCGGCUUCCGCCAGAUGAGGAACGUUUCGUGCCCUGCCUCCUGGUCAUCAAUUGGUCUGAGAAGGAAGACGAUGGGGAUACAAGGGACUUCAUCGACAUGACGCACAAGGCGGUUCGGGACGGUUCGCUGAAGCACGUCUCGUAUUUCUCUGUCUCAGCCACUGCCAAGGAGCUGGACAGGAAGUUCGCAGACGUGGUCAACGCCACGCCGCUCGAUACAGACGAUCGACUCGCUGUGAAGCUUUCAUGGGAAGACAUUCGGAAACUACUCGUUGCUCCCGUGGAGUCACCUAUAUCCGACCUCGUGGACAGCUGUUGGUCAGACGACGAGUUCAACUGGACACGUUACGAUCGAGUGGUAGUGGCCGUAGAGGAGAUCCUGAACACCGCACUGAAGACGAUCCUGAGUCUCUUCCCGGGCGUCCCGUCUCACGUAUCGAUCGAGAUCCCAGAAGACCUCCAGCAACCCGGCGAAAUGGGCAGAGGAUACUCCACCGGUCCGUUCGCAGAAGGCCUCUCAAAUCUACUUGCCACAUCCGCGCAGGCAGUACUAGGAAACAAGCUAGCAUCCCCGGUCACUCUUCAGCGGGAGGCUCUCGACUCCGCAGUGCAAGAUCUAGAAGACGUGAUCGAGACACAAGCCAACCGGCUCCGCCAGCUCGCCGCAGAGGCUGCGCUGAAGGCGUCGUCGAUAGGUCCUUCGCCGAAACGUCGCGCAUCGCAGGAAGAUCUCCGUCUCAACGGCUCCUUGUCCUUCAAGCGUACCCGCAUGUCACCGUCGGACGAUGGCUACCUCGACACCGAGGUAUCGGUGUCCCCGCCUCCUAGUACCUCUGGCGCGACCGAUGUUGGCGACAAGCCGCUCGUGACCAUCGCGAUGCUCCGCGCGCUGACCCGGGACGUUCUCAAUACGUACGGAGGCCCGAAGUAACUGCACUGGACUUGCAAUGUUUAUGUACUGUGGAUAGAAUCUUGCGCAUAUAAUCGUAUUCUCGAUGUCUUGUAUAUAUUGCAUUUUUGGC